AUGUACAGGCUGCCAGAGAUUGGGAUUGUACUGACCAAAGGGGAUCGAACCAUAUUGCGAACAGAAUACUUCCAAGACUUAACGGCACGAUUUGCAGCUGUCGAACGUGCAAUUGACAAUGCCACCCCCGAAGAAAAGAUGCGAUUAUCCCUGCAGAACCUACAGCCACUGGAUGGCAGUGUCGACGCAGCUUUAGCAAAAGUAUUUCGUCUAAUUGACCAGGAGGGGCCCUUUGAUGGGGUCAUAGGCCACUCUGAGGGAACGGCCAUGGCAGCUACUGUCUUGCUAGAGGAACGGAGAAGGUUUCGAGAAACAGGUCGGCCGCAGCAAUUGAAAUGUGCCAUUCUGUUCAACGGUUUCCCGCCCCUAAUCCCGGGGAAGAACAGGUACUUGCUGGCCGACGAGGGGAGGGGCACGCUGGGAUAUGAGGAUUGGUUCAUAAAUGUGCCAACUCUUCAUGUGCUAGGAUCGCUGGAUCCGUGGGUCUAUGGCUCUCUUGCUCUGUAUAAUGUCUGUUGUAACGAUAAGGCAAUCUUGUUUGACCAUGGGGGUGGCCAUAGUGUUCCUAGGGAUGCACGAACAAUUAGGGAACUAGGACAGAUUGUACGUGAGAUGAUUGGCGGCUUGAAAUAG